CCAACUAAUCCACACCUAAAAACCCUCUAAUUUUCAAUAUUUAAACCUUCAUUAUUCUUUACCAUCAAUCUCAUUUCUGUUCCGAUCUCUUCGCUUGUUCACGUAUAAGGUACGUAGAGAUAUUGUUGUGGCAUUGAGCGAUUGAUUUGAAUAAGUCGAUCGCUCAUAAUUCAUUGUCGUUCGUCUAUUUCUUUUGGAGAAUUGCAGUUUGUCGAAAGGAAAAAAAAAAGGAUGGCAGAGGAACAGAGAAUGCAAGAAGCAGGAGGGCAUAGGCUUUGUGCCAACAAUUGUGGAUUCUUUGGCAGCCCAACAACUCUAAACCUCUGUUCCAAAUGCUAUAAGGAUCAUUGCAUGAAAGAACAACAAUCGCGAGCAGCCCAACUUGCAAUGGAAAAGACUCGCCCCCAACAACAACAACAACAAUCUGAAUCAACAUCUUCGUACACGCCAUGCAUGAAGUCAUUACCAAUUCUUGAACUCUCACAACCACGUCAUGUGGUAGAGAUGGGGGGAUCCCCUAAGGUUGAACUGAAUAUUGCAGCCGAGGUCCCUCAACUGCAGUAUUCAACUGUAGUUGAAGCCUCAUAUCAGGUGCAGUUGGAUACUGCAAUCAAGACCCCUCAGGUACAGUCGAAUCGUUGUGCCACGUGCCGGAAGCGGGUUGGUUUAACGAGUUUCAAGUGUAGGUGUGGGGUCACAUUUUGUGGUUCACAUAGGUACCCUGAACAACAUGGUUGUACCUUUGACUAUAAGUCAAUGGGAAGGGUGGCCAUUGCCAUGGCUAAUCCACUAAUUAAGGGUGAGAAGCUUCACAAAAUUUGAUUAAUUAAGGAGAAUUAAUUUGAUCAUUUGGUCCAUGAAGUGGUUGAUCAAACGGCCAAGAUGUCGUUUUGGUGAUGCUCAUGGAUUGGAUUGAUGAUUUAUAAUAUGGAGUUGUUGCUAACCACAAGCUGGUAGAUGGGCUUUGAAUUAUACAUUUUCUUUAAUAAUGUAAGUUAGGAUAUUUUAUUGGUUGUUUAAUAAUUAUAGUUUAGGAUAUUUUAUUGGUUCUUUAAUAAUUAUAAUGUAUGGUAGGACAUUUUAUUUCUCUAAUUUUCUUAAUUUGUUGAUUCUCGUUAAA